CAGUCUUACCGGCACUUGCAAUUUAAAUUAUUGCAAGUAUUUUGAAAUAAUAAAUAAUAUACAUUAAUAUGUAUAUAUAUUACAUAGUUAUAAACAAAAUAACAUAAAUGAGAGACGAUAAUUAAGACAGUCGGUAAAUAAAAUCGCGUGUGUGUGUGUGUGAUAAUAAAUAUUUAAAAAUACAUGUCACUACCUCUCAAGUGCUAAAAUUUGAAAUUUUAAAAAUACAAAACAAGUAUUUAAAUAAUUUAUCUUUACUUUAGUAUUUAUGCUGGUACCCGCGUAAUUUAAAUGUUUAAUAACGAGUCUGUAAUUUAUAUUAAUUGUGAAGAAGAAAUAAUAUUUUUACCGGAGAUUAAACGAUUAAAUGAAACCGGUAAUGUCGUUUAAAGGAGAGAUUAUCCGUACGAUUAUUCGCGAGUGGAAAUCAUUUUGACAGAAUAAUAUAUUUAUUUAUUAUAUAUUUAUUUUAAAUUAUAAAUUUAAGUGCCGGUGAUAUAUUUAAAUAAUUUCUUUAAUUAUAAAUUUUAAAUAUUUAAAUAAUUAAAACAAAGGGUCGAUUGUUUUUAGUCAUUAACUGAUAAAAGAAAACGAAGAAAAAAAGUAAAUAUUUUAAAAAUGAAAGUGUUAUUUAUUACAAUUGUGUGUCUGUACGCGGUCGGCGGUGUCGUAUCACGUUCUACGAGAUCCACGAGACGACAUGGUGGUGGAGGUGCUGAAAUUCCAGAAAAUUGUCAAGCUGUUAAGCCUUUCUUCGAGAGUAAAAAUAUCUCUGUUGAUUUUACAGCAAUAACUAAAACGGACAUUGCUGAGACAACAUGCGGCGGAUCAUGCUGCAAUCGUAAAGCAGAGGAACAAUUACGACAACAAGCACGAGCUGAUUUUCACAGUCUUAUACACCAUCACAGUAGAAGUUUGCAAGGGUUGCUCGCAACAACUGCAGAUGCACUAAGAGAUGCAGUAACAACUCUUGCACGUCAGUCUGAAAAUAAAACGCUGAUCCUGUUCGAACAAGUCUACAGAUCAAUGUCACUGCUCAGCAGACCAUCUAUUAAAGGAUUGUAUCAGGCAAUGGUGGACUACGUGUCACCCAGUAACACACCCGACACUCUGCAGCAACCGUUGAGUCGUGAUAUGCUUCAAGAACGAUUUACUGACUUUUUCACCCGGUUAUUUCCAAUAGCCUAUCAUCACGCAGUUAAUCCUCACCAGCAGGACUUUACAGAUAAAUUCAAACAGUGUUUAUACGAGGCUAUGGAUGAAAUACAGCCGUUCGGUGAUAUACCUAAACAAAUAUCACGAUCUGUCAGUAAAAGUCUUGAAGCAACUCGUGUACUAGUGCAGGCAUUAACUCUCGGCAAAACAGUAUUGGAUCGUACUGACAGUGUCUUAUUUUAUACAACUAGUCCACAACAAUCUUCAUGCUACGAAGCACUUUUGAGAAUGACUUAUUGUCCAAAGUGCUCUGGCUACGGGUCUUCUAUUCGUCCUUGUGGUGGUCUUUGCACCAAUGUCAUGAGAGGCUGUUUGACUGAACCGGCUUCAGAAUUAGAUCUGGCAUGGUCUGGUUACGUCGAGACUGUUGAACGUCUCGUUAUAGCCGUUGACGGGCGAACUGAUCCCCUUGGAUUGAAUGCUGAGAGGGCGAUCAGGCAGUUGGAUACCCGAAUUUCAGAUGCUAUUAUGUACGCCAUGGAAAACGGUCCUGCACUCGAAGAGAAGGUGCGGAAUGUGUGUGGUCGUUCAGAAUUGCAAUUGGGUAAAUCAUCUUCAGAAUCCUCUUAUGGCUCUGGUUCGUUUUCCGGUCGAUCAGAAUCCUCGUCUCCGUCGUCAUCGUCAUCUUCACCGCCUAGUCUUGAAGAAAGACUUGCGGCAGUAGUUCAUCCUGGGAAUACGCAAGCGCAUCGGCCAGUGCCCACGCAACUACACGUGCAACUUGGCAACUUUUUGGCAAGCGUUGUGAGGUCGCGUACUUUCUACGGUACACUUGCUGACAAUAUAUGUGAGGAAUAUCCGGACAGGCAUUGCUGGAAUGGCGAAAGAGUUGGAGAAUAUACUAAAACAGUUGUAGACUCGAGUUUAACAGCCCAAAGAUAUAAUCCAGAAUUUACGGUAAUAAGUGCCAGCACAACGGGACUUGUGUCAGCUUAUGGUAAUUCAAAUACCAGUGUCCUGAUUGAUCAAUUGAGACAUAUUAAUCAGGUGGUCCAAUCGCAGUUAGCAUCGGCGCCUGACAGUGGAGUUUUGCUUGCUGAUGAAGCGCUCGACGGUUCGGGAAGUGGCGCUCGGCCUGAAUGGAAAACGAAACCCGAUGACGGAGGUAUCGAUGACGAGGAUGAAGGCGAGAACGAUGACGAAGAAGCCUCUGGCUCGGGAAUGGGACCCACUACAACAUACCCACCAGGUACGAAUAAUGGGAAGAAAUCGGACGAUGUACAGUCCAGCAGUUUGCCAGUAAUCAGGGUCGAUUUUAUAGUGCUGCUUCUCAGCAGUCUCGCUGUCUGCGGUGCCUAGAGGGUUAUUGACAAUCCUCCCAGUACGGUAGCGUAAAAAAAACGUUAAAAAACUGGAAUGAUGGAUGAAUAUAAAUGUGUGCGAAUGAAUAGAGUGAGAGUGUCAGAGAAAAAAAGGCUUGAGAAGUAAAUGGAGGAAUUGGAAAUGUUUUUUUUUUCUUGCAUUACAACUGAGUGAAUAAAAAAUAAGGUUUUAAAGAGAGAAAACGAGCUCAAGUUGAGAAAUAAACGAUGAAAGUAAUCGUUUACUGCCCAUCACAUUAUGCGCAUAUAAGAUUCUUUGGUUCAAGUCUCUCAUUUUCCACCUUACUCACCUUAUAUUAUUAUAUACCACAUCCAUAUACAUAUAUAAUGAUACUAAUAAUAAUAAUAAUAAUAAUAAUAAUAAAAAUACUACAUAAUACUUAUAUAUAAAUAUACAUAUACGUACACGCAAAGUAUAAUUCAGCGUAACUCUCAGACUACUAUAACCCAGCAUUCGUCGGGUGAUAUAACGUAUGCCAUAUCUCAAAUUUAACUGCCCAAAUGCCAAUCGCGUGUCCAACAGUUUUCUUUUAGUUUUAAUAUUUUAAAAUAAAUUUUUUUUUAUUAAACAUGACCUUGCUGUGUUCGUCAUAUUAGUCUCGCUGCGGGACGCGUGAAAGCAUUAGCAGCUGCAAGACGAAAAAGGCCGGCGUCGUUACGUUCAAUCCUUUUUUUUACUCUCGUUUUUAUCCUUUACCGCAAGUAAUAUAAACUAGUAAUUAAUAAGUUUAUAAAAAGUCACAUCGUAUGUCAUUAUACACGUAUUUUAUCAUUACUUUCAAUCAUUAUGAAUGAAAAUAUAAGACACAAGUGUUGCGCUCACAGUUAUUUUUGUACACUUAUUAUUAUUACAUCAAUUAUUACUAAUUUUAUAAUUUGCCACUAAUGUACACAAUCUGAGCGGGUAAAUUUGAAUGUAUUACGGAAAAAUUUAAAUUAAAUUAAUGCUUGUAGGGGAAAUUGUUUGCGGCGCGUCGGCCUGCGGCGUUUGCCUUUUCCGUUGUUUUUAUUGUUAAAUUAAAUUAUUUAAAUAAUUAAUAAUUAUUUUAAAAUGAAAACUGUGCCUUUUAAAAAUUAUACCGGUGUGCCGCGCGUCAUAAGCUUCUUUAGGAUCACUUAUAUAAAAUAUAUAGUUGUACAGAAAAUUCUUUGCUGAAUAUAUAUGCAAUAUAUAUGUGUAUAUUGAAUAUAAAAGUGGGUGUAAAUUGUAUGUAUGUAUAUGAAAUUAAACAAAUACGUCAACGAACUCUGUAAAGUCUGUCAAGUUUUAUUUUUAUUAAAAUAAAUAGUUAAUGCAGAUUUAUUUAAACUCCUCGGAGUGAAAUUUACUCCAAAGAGGAGUUUAAUUUAAUAUUUAAACUCUGAAUUAGAGUAAAAGCGGAUUUAAAUAAAGCCCGGGUAAUUCCGAUAUCUCUCCGCUGGAAAAAUAAACUCCCAGUGAUUUUUUUCUACUCCGAAUGACGAAUGACGAAGUGAAUUUUAAUUAAAAUAAAAUCCGUAAUCACUAGAGGUGUACAAAUUCGGUCCGAAUCGAAACUUUUUGAAUUAUUCGUAACUUUUUAAAUUACUCGAAAAAAUUAUUAUCAACUUUGAAAUAUUCAAUUUUAAUUUAAUAGAGAGCUUACUUUUUAAAGUAAACAAAAAUAAUUUUUUUGUAAAUUCGUGUCUGUGCUCUAUGUACCUCAGACAAAAAUUUGAAUAAUUAGAAAAACAAUUUUAAUUUCAUUAAAAAUAAAAUUUUGUAAUUAUUUAUGAAUGUUGAUGUAACUGACAAGUGGGAAUUUUAAAAAUUUUUGAAUAAAUAAUUAAAAUGCAAGUAGAAUAAAAAUUUAAAAAUGCGUAUUGAGAUCAAUGAAAAAUCCAUAGGCGCAUUUUUUUAAAAUUCAUAAAAUUCCUCACGCCUGCUACAUUCACUCUCACAAUCAUUUGUAAAUUUUCGUAUAAUUCCUAAAGUUUUAAAUUAUUCGAUUCGAUUCGAUAUAAAUAAUGUGUAAGUUCAAACUAUUUGCACACCCCUAUCAAUUCUUCAAAUUAACUCUCGAUUUUUAAAAAUGUACGUAGACAUUUACCAGCCGUUAUAAAUUUACUUUACAAAACAUAAAAGUUAAAAGAAAUAAAACAGAAGUGAAACGUAUAUUUAAACUAAAAUUACUAUUAGUUAUAAAUAAUUUUUUUUAGCCGGUUCAAAUUAAAAAACUAAAUAACAGGAAUAUUUAUUAGUAGCAAUAAUAAUAAUACAAUACCGUAGAUUUAAAUAGUUAAAUUGUAAUUGUUAAAAUUAAUAUUGAAUGAAAAAAAUAAAGAGUGACAGAGUGGACAUUUAGUUAAGAGAAUAAGUGUGUAAGUAUAUGUGUGUUAGGAUGAUGCGUGAUCACUCAACGGAUGCUGGCCGCGGUGCGAACACGAUGAUAAUGAUGAAGAAGACGGAUAACAAAAUAAAAAAAUUUUUUAAAGAUGAACAAGUAUAAGAAGACGAAGAAAGAGUCAGCAUAACGUGGGACGACAUGAUAAACUUGCUUUGGCUUUUGUCGUCUGCCGAAAUUUAAGGUCCUCGACCUUUCCACUCUCUUCUCUUGUCCUUCUCUGAGCUCAAUUCUCAUCUCGUUCUCACGAGAGCAAGAGUCUUGACGUGAUUGUAAUGAGAAUAAUUCUCAAUUGAAUGACUGACUGUAUGUUGUGAUGUGGUUAUUAAAGAAAUAGUUGAAAGAGCUUGUAAAUAGAGAGGAUGUGUGCCGUAUUUAUAUAUAAAUAUUUUAUUGUAUUAAAUACUAUCGAUUUAUUAAUUAAUUAUUCAUUGAUUUAUUCAAUAUAUAUAUUAUUAUUAUUAUUAUAAAUAUAUAUACAAAUAUAUUAGUUAUUGUAAAAGAUUUCUAACGAACAAUUUGAUAACAAAAUCAACAGCUAGCUCGCGUAAUUGAUUUCGAUCAUCCAGUUUAAGAAAGUGAAAUAAUAAUAAUAAUAAAAAAGAGCAAUAUCGUUUAUUAUUGUGGUGGCUCGUCCACAAGCGGCCUCGUUAAAGUCUCCCAGUGUUUCUCUCGUCGACAUCAACAACAACUGUCUUUUUAAAUUUAACUAAAUACGCACAUUUAUUACUGAUGACUGAAUAUUAUACAUGAUUUCAUUUUUCACUAUUUAAUAUUUUAUACUUGCAUUUAUUUUAUUUUUUUUUUAAAUUUAAAUUUAAAUACUAAGACAGCUGUGCUGAUUGUCAUGCUGAAAAUAACAGUAAUUAAAAGCAUUUAUUUUUAUUUAAAUAAACAAAAUAAAUACUGACAGAAAAAAUUUUAAAAAAUGCGCGGGAAAAAUUUUCAAAAAUUUAAAUGAAUUUUUUUUAAAAAUUCAUGUCAAUUUACUUGGUAAUUAAAAAGAAUAGAACUGUCAGAUGUCAGUUACUUUCAGCAUCAUUGAUAAUUUUGACAUGUGUAUAGAUUUAAAAAAAAACAACGGCCAUUUAUUGAUAGUCAACGGCAAUAAAAUUGUCUCGCAUCGAAAUUAUACUCAAUCUUUUUUUUUAAAAAUAUAUAUAGUGAUCUCUGUAUCUGAGCAUCAAGUAAUUUAAAUAAACAAAAAAAAACGUACUAACAAAAUGCGCUUGACAUUCUAUAAUAAAGUAUAGACUAAUAUUGUAAUACGCUCAUGAUUUUAUUUCGUUUAUUAAUAAUAAUUAUACUUAAAAUAAUAAAAUUAAUUAAUUAUUGGUUCAUUAAUCAAACAAUCAAUUAUUUUAAUUCAAUUUUUAUUGUCUUUAUUAACUAUUAUUAUCUUCCUGUAGAUAUUAAUUAGGCCACGUAGCGUUUGCGUAGAUAGAAUUUCGAGGCCUACUACUACGUUUGGCGGACGUCUGUGAUUAUUAACGAAAAGUAAUAAAAAAAAAUAAAAAUAAUAAUAAUAUUAAUAAAUAGCUAGUUAACGAUUUUAAAAAUAAACUGACGCAAGUGUCAUAAUAUUAUUAUUUUUUAAAAAAUGUAAUAAUAAUUGCGUAAUGUCUUUGUUUUGUGAUUGCUGUUUUAAGGACAUUCUUAGAAACUACCCCCACCCCUGCUUUUUAUUCAAUAUUCAAUGACUUUUAAAUAAUCGUUCUAUCGACAUUGAAAUUUUAUUAAUUAAUUAAACAAUUGAAACAUUAAUUGAAAAAAGGACGAUUUCGCCAAGGUAUAGAUUUUUAAAAAAAUGACACAAUUGUCAUCAAUUAGGAGUUAAACGAAAUUUCAUUUAAAUCUUCCUGUGAAAUUACAAUUUGAAUUUCCAAAUUUUGUAGGCUAAAAUUUAUUAACUAAAUUUCCUUUGGCUCCUAAUUGAUGACAACUGUAAGUAAUUUUCUUUUAAAUCUAUAUCUGGUUAUUUUCAAUCAAUGCUUCAAUUAUUUUUUAAUAAAUGAAUUGAAUUUAAACAUCGUUAUGACAGAUCUAGUUCAUUGAAUAUUUUUAAAAAGUAAAGGAUAUUGUCUGAGAAUGUCCUUAAGGAUAUUCUUACUGUGCUCCCACUUUAUAAAAAUAUUCAAUGACUUUUUAACUGUCAUAGCCGUAUUUAAAUUUUAUUGAUUUAAUAAAUAAAAGUUUAUGCAUUAAUUUAAAAAAGGACAAUGUUACAAUUUCGUCGAGAUAUAAAUUAAAAAAAAAAGAAAUUACUUACAAUUGAUGUCAAUUGAGAGUUAAACGAAAUUCCUCAAAUAAAUUCCUGAAAAUCUUCAUGCUCAUUUUAUAAUUUGAAUUUUAAAAUUUAUUUUCCAAAUUUCAUUUGACUCUUAAUUGAUGACAACUGUGUUAUUUUUUAAAAAUAUAUGCCCGGUUGACGUAUCAACGCUUAAUUUUUUAAUUAAUUUAUAAAAUUUGAAUACGGUUCUGUCAUAGUCAUUAAAUAUUUUUAAAAAGUGAGGGGAGAGAAGAUUGUCUAAGAAUACCUUAAGUAAAACUGGUGUAAUAAUAAAAUAUAAUUUGUCGAAAUGAAAAUAUGUGGAAAGAAAUUUAAAAAAAAAAAGUAUAAAUACUAUUUUUGUUUGUAAACAGCAAGUGGUUUAUUUUAAGUCAAUUUCUUGUCAUAAGAAUCGUGUAAGCUUUAUCCAAUUUAGUUUAGUAUCAAGAAACGUUCACAAGCAAUUGCUUCUAUCACGAAACUCAAUUGAUUGAGUCACGAAUGAAUCGGGCAAUUUCAUUUGUAAAAGGAUAUUUUUCACUCUUUUUCACCCUACAAAUUGUAACACAAUCACCCGACUCUGCCUUAUAACUCUCUUGUCUUCUCUAUACAUAUAUUGAUAUUUAUUUUAACUUUUUAUUUUUAACUCUACUUCAACUAUUUUUCUUUAUUUUUUUUUUAAUUCCACUUUAUUUCCUUCUUUCUCUAUUUUCACCUCGACAAAUUAUCAGCAAAAGGGCGACAUAAAAGUUUACCGCUUGCUUUUUACACCAGGCGCCAAUGCCUUUUUUUUUAUUACUUGUCGCGACGACAUUCGUGUAAAAUCUAUUAGACAAACCUAAAAAAAGAUGGCAUAUAUGAAUAUAAAAAUGUUAUAAAUUGUGCGCAAAUUUAAAUGUAAAACUAAACGAAAUAACGUAAUUGAUUAGUUAUUAUUAUUAUAAAUUGUGAAAAUAAUUGUAUAGGCAAUUGUAAACAUAAAAUAUAAAUAUAUAAAUAUAUAUAUAUAUAUAAAUAUAAAUAUAAAUAUUAUGCUAUAAUAAAUGUUAUGAAUUAUCAAGAAAUGAAUUAAUUGAAAUUAUUAUAAUUCUGUCAGUUGAGA